AUACCCCCUCUUGUGCUCUAUGCGUCACCGCGUCGCUCCACAUCCAUACCCAAGAAGUCGUCCUCCUCUUUCAUAUGCGUUUGACCUGAAUCUUUAAUUUGUCCAGAGAGAGCUAUAACAGGGAAACGAUGAAGCUCGGCCUUGCGGUUUUCCUUCUUGUCUCGCUGGUCCUCGCCUCUUCUCUCCUCCAGACAACAAUGGCCGGUUCAAGUUUCUGUGAUGGCAAGUGUGGGGAGAGGUGUAAGGUGGCGGGGAUGAAGGAGCGGUGCCUCAAGUACUGCGGGAUAUGCUGCGAGGAGUGCAAGUGCGUGCCUUCGGGCACUUACGGCAACAAGCACGAGUGCCCUUGCUACCGCGACAAGAAGAAUUCCAAGGGCAAGCCCAAGUGCCCUUGAACUUUCUUUCGUAUAAUAUUAUCAAACCACCCCCCCCCCCCCAAAAAAAAAAAAAAAAAAACAGAUGACGUAUAGAGCACCUGAUGAGAAAACAUAUAUAUGUCCAUGUCAUGCUGUAUCAUAUGAUGGUCAUGUUGGUAUGGGUCAUGGCUCUUUUGGUGUGUUAUGAAUGGGAAUAAUGGUAAUGGGUCCUCUCCUGUAUGUCAUGGUCCCUCUCAUUUUGUUUUGUAAUAAAAGUUGAUAUAUGUUUAAGGUUACAGAA